AUGGCUUCAACUGCGGAAAGCGUACCUCUGAAGAAGCGCGAGGAUGAUGUGCAGGUAGUUACACGAGAAAGAAAAUAUGGAACGGAAAGUUUUAGGUUGAAGAAGAAGGCGGUAAAGGCUUGGCUAAGUCGCUGACCUUGUUCAACGGAGUUUCCAUCAUUGUCGGAUGCAUCAUCGGUUCUGGAAUCUUCGUUUCACCUACUGGUGUUCAGAAAGGUUCAUCCCACACUGAAAGCAGCCUUGAAAGGAAAAGUAUUUUCAGAAGCUGGAUCUGUCGGCGUUUCUUUGCUCGUGUGGGCGGUGGCAGGCGUUUUCACGGCCAUCGGCGCUUAUUGCUAUGCCGAGCUUGGUGAGAUCACCUCCACAGUACAAUUUUCGCAAAGCAUCCAUUCCAGGUACACUGAUCAAAAAGUCUGGCGGAGACUAUGCUUACAUCAUGGAAGCGUUCGGCCCUUUCGUUGCAUUUGUUCGUCUUUGGAUCGAGGCGAUUGUUGUUCGGUUAGUCAAAUAUAGUUCAGCAGAUUGGUCUUCAUUCCGGAAUAUAGUUUCGAAAAGUUUCAAUUCUAGUCCCUGCACUGUGACUAUCGUCGCUCUGACCUUCGCCAUCUACAGUCUGCGGCCUUUCUUUCCUGACUGCGAUCCUCCUUCCGGCAUCCCCGAGCUGCUGGCCAUCUUGCUCAUAGGUUGCCCCUCGAAACCCAGUCCCAAAUCGAAGCCAAGGUUCAGUGUUCAUGACGGCUGUGAACUGCAUCUCGGUGCGUGCGGCCACGCUCAUCCAGGACUGGUUCACCAUCGCCAAGGUCGUCGCUCUGCUCAUGAUCAUCGCCACCGGUCUUGGUCUUCUCGUUUUCGGUAACAUGGGAUUGAGAACAAUCUUUAAAAUUUAUUAUCCCUUCUAGGAGGUCCGCAACACAAGGACUCAUUCGAGAAUCUUUUCGAGAACACAUCGCAAGAUUUCACGAAGAUUUCUUUGGCUUUCUACGCUGGUUUGUUUGCCUACUCUGGCUGGAACUUCCUGAAUUUCAUCGUCGAAGAGCUCCAGAACCCUAAAAGGUUCUCAUUUCUUUUUGUAAGCGCUGUAAGAAGAAAACGUCAAACAGAAAUUGAGUUAAAAAAAAUUACGUUUACUUAGUUCUUACGCAGAAAGUUUUUCGAUUGUGCGUUCCAAAAGAAAAAAAGCCUGAGAAAUGUGAAAUAUGAAGGAGAAGUUGAAUUAUCGUUCUUUGAUUCUACGUUUAGGAACUUGCCCCUGGCCAUCGCGAUUUCAAUUACUACGUGCACUGUGAUCUACACUCUGACCAACGUCGCCUUGUACACGGCCAUCUCUCCAGACGAGAUGCUGGAAAGCCCUGCGGUCGCGGUGGUCAGUCGACUCGCCACAGCGACUCUUUUUAUCUUGAGAUCUUCAGCUUUUCGCCAACAAGCUCUAUGGCAAGUUCGCUUUCAUCAUGCCACUGUGUGUCUCGAUCUCGACCAUCGGGUCUGCAAACGGCGUCAUCUUCACUUCUUCGCGGUAUGAACUAGAACGUGUUUUCCUUCGGAAUUUUCAAAAUGAUUCGGAAAGUCUACAAACUAGUAAUAGAAAAAGUUGAUGUUCAACGAAAAAGUCAGAAACAAAAAAGAAGCAAUUUUGAUAUUAUUUUAAACAAAAAGGAAUUCUCAUGUUUUUGAACGACUUCAAGAAGAAUGCUUAGUGUUGGAAGUGUGUAGUGUUAUGAUUUUCUUCAAGCUUGUUCUACUCCGGCGCCAGGGAAGGUCAAAUGCCCAUCGUUCUGACGAUGAUCAACAAGAACACGCGUACGCCAAUUCCUGCCGUCGUCCUCACGGUAUCAUUGAGAGCGUUCCAAUGAAUUUCUUUAAUUUCCAGGGUUUGCUCUCCAUUAUGUACCUCGUCAUGUCGAAGAACGUCUACCAGCUCAUCAACUACAUCCAGGUUUUUUUUUUCAAAACGACGAUAAAGUCGAAAGUUUGUAGACAUAGUUUCUUAAGUGCUUAAAUAAUCUUUUUUUCUGUUUUGAAGAAGUCAUAUAGGAUCUCACUGAAGCUUUUUCUUGUUCGUCUUCAGGCGCUUUGUUUUGCUGAAUUUUCUUUUCACAUAAAUAUCGAGUUAAGAAAAAUCUGUUUUCUCAGGCCUUCGACCUUUUCGGACUUGCACUUGAGAAACGUUUUCAGAUCAGCUACUGGCUUGCGAUCGGAACUGCGAUCCUGGCUCUGUUCUACCUGCGUAAGAAGAUGCCGAACGCUCCGCGUCCCAUCAAGGUGAACCUCAUCUGGCCGACCAUUUUCCUCGCUGGAUGCAUCGCUCUCGUCAUCAUCCCAAUUGUUGCCGCUCCCAGGGACACCAGUGAGUUUUCUCACCGACUGAAGGAUGAAUAAGCGAGCACUUAAGUGAUCGGACUGAUGAUUAUGCUGUCUGCGGUGCCCGUCUACGUCAUCUUCAUCGCUUGGAAGAACAAGCCCAAAUUCGUCAACUCUUUCGUCGGUGAGUCGGAAACUGUGAAAAGGCUGUUGUUCAAUAAAUGCUUCAGAAUGGGCCACUGAGCUGACCCAGAAGCUGUUCAUGGUGGUCGACGACAACAAGCAAGACUAA